GUGUCCCCGGAAAAAUCGUUCGGCGACGCAGCGGGCGAUUGCCUCUAAUUGGGGCGGGAGAGAGAAUUCAGUAGUAGUGGUCGGCGAAGAUGCAUUCCCUAAGCCUCAGAGUUUUCACGGACAUCGGCGCCGGGGCCUCAUCGAAGAGGGGCGCCUGCGCAGAGGCCAUCGGCUCGAGGAGACAGCCGGUGGUAGGUAGCCGGGAUGUCCCUAGGAGCUGUAGGAUCGUCUCCUGCUCUUCUUCCCCGGAGAGGAAUGUCAGCAGUGGCGGUGAGAGCCAGAGCUCCAGGUCAAGGCAGAGUUCGGUGUCGAGUUCGAACCCGCGCUCGUUCCUGUCAAGGAACCAGACCUAUGCCCUGCUGAAGCAGCAAAUGGAGGUCGCCGCCAAAGAUGAGGAUUACGAAGAAGCUGCGAGACUUCGCGAUUCCCUGAAGUUGUUCGAGGAAGAGGAACCGGUUCUUCAGCUUCGGAGACUGAUGAAAGAGGCGGUUGCCGAAGAGAGGUUUGAGGACGCAGCGAAGUAUCGGAAUGAGCUAAAAGACAUAGCGCCUCACUCUCUUUUAAGAUGUUCAAGCGAUGCAACGACCUCGGGUGUCAGGGUUCAAGUUAAGAGUGUGUACAUCGAGAACCGCAGUCAGCCUACCAAGGGCCAAUACUUCUUCGCCUACAGAAUAAGGAUUACUAACAACUCGGACCGCCCUGUUCAACUUCUUAGGAGACAUUGGAUCAUAACUGAUGCUAAUGGUAGAACUGAGAAUGUAUGGGGAACCGGAGUCAUCGGUGAACAACCAGUUAUACUUCCUAGGACAGGCUUCGAGUAUUCCUCUGCGUGCCCACUGACCACACCCAGUGGCAGAAUGGAAGGAGAGUUCGAGAUGAAACAUGUCGACAGAGUAAAGGCUCCAACAUUCAAUGUGGCCAUUGCCCCGUUUUCCCUCUCCACGUUGGGAGAUGACUCUGAUGCGUUUUGAGAGCCUAAGCAUAUAAGGAAGAUUAAAUUGCUUCGGUGGGGCGUUGUUGCUUUAGUAGAAUUACAAGCAGCCGUAAUUUGGUGAUUUUUAAGCAUGUAUAUAUCGUAUCUAUCAUCGUAAAUAUAGAAUCAAUGAGAAUAUCUCACGAAGAGCACUCCAUUCCGCCAAAUGAUAGGGCAGAAGUCGGGUUUCUGUGUCUAUUGUAAGUAGGAAUGUUGUUCGAUGAGUCCUUCGAGCAGAACUUGUGUUAAUUCUCAUGGUAGUGGACAAAAUUUUUGGUGUUGAUUCGUCAUUCA